AUGUCAUUUUUAAUGCCACGUGACUAUCUAAAGCAGCAAUCAAUAGGUAGCGAUUCUGAAAUGGAUUUAACCAAACUUUGGUGUUUUGGACCUGAUUUCGAAAAACAAACGGUAUUCAAUUUGCUUAGUGAUAAUAACUAUAUCGACUCGUGUCUCACUUCCCAUUGGUGGCCAUCGAGCCCAUCACGAUGGAAUCAUGCUUUAAUGCCUGAACCACAUGUCUACACACCGCGCUCGGUCAUGAGUGAACUUGGAUCGCAAUCACUUGGAAGCACUGCCUCGAAACUGCCUUUGUCCGAUGUCAGCAAUCGGUCAUCAACUGGUCGAACAAUGAUUAGUAAUCAAACAGCACUGCCACCGUUGCCAAAAUUGGAUUUUUCUACACCCAUACGUUCACGUACACCUGAUCUAUACAAUCGAUCAUCAUCGUCGGCGUCGUCGUCGUCAUCGUCGUCUUCGGCGAUGAAACGUCCAUCUGUCGCACAGACAUUGAUGUCAUCUGUAUGUGAAACUCUUCCACAACCAUCUCUACCACUAACAUCGAUCGAUUCGGCUGAACGAGCAUUGGAAAUUGCUCUGCUACUCAAAGAACAUCCGGAUUGUACUUGUGUACUUGUCACACUUAUUCAACAAUAUCAAAGCCGAUUUCAAAAACCUCUCCAUGUCAAUGAAUUAUAUACAAUGAAACAUGUUAUCGAUAUUCAAGAUUAUGGAGGUAAUCGAGUUGCCCGUUUAUUACCAGCAUUCCGUGUUCGUUUUGAUGAAAAUCAUGUUCAUAAUCAACUCGAACAACCUUAUUGUAUGAUACAUUGUUCAAAAAACUUCAUUGUUAAUUCUGACCUUGACUUGCCUUUUGUCCAAGUUCCAUUCAGCAUCUUUGCUGAAAACGUUCGUCAAUUAUUGACCCAACACAAUGGCUCAAUGCCUUUAGCCAGCUUUCCUCAAUGUUAUACAUUUAGCUUCGAACCUUUGGUCGAUCAUAAUGAGGGUGUCCCACUUGAACAUUACAUUUCAUGCAUCAAAGAUAUUCAAAUUGUGACAGGACAAGGCGUGAUUAAAAAAGUUCAGUUUUCUCAUACACAAGGUGUUCCACUUAUGCCAACGUCAUUCGACACAUCGAACAUGCAUGUGGACAUGUGUGCUGAAGUGCAACAACGCUUACAACAAUUCUCACGUGAAGUCCUUGAUUUGCUUAAAAAUCAAGGUUCACAUUGUCGUUUACCUGUUUCGAAAUUUGUGUCGGCUUAUCAUCAAUAUUUUAGUCGACAAUGUCGUGUUGCCGAUUAUGGUUUUUCUAAAAUCAUUGAUCUUCUUGCUGCAAUUCCGAAAUCCGUUCAAAUUCUCGGUGAUGGUAAUAAACGAAUCUUGACAAUUACACAUCGAUGUCAAAUGAAGCGUUUUACUAAUGAUAUUAUUCGUAUUCUCAAAAAUAAACCGCAACGAUCAAUGUCGAUUAGUGAUAUUCCAACUGAAUACGAAAUGGCAUAUAAAAAAGCUUUCUAUGUUCGUGAUUUCGGCAUGUGUUCAUUGGCAGAUUUAGUCAAUGAAGUAAAGGAUAACAAAGAAUUGGUUGUCGAAGCGGAAAAGAAUAUUAUUAAGCUCUACCGAAAAGAAAGAACUGAAUUGGAAAUUUACGCAACAAGUAACUUCGAAAAAGAUGUUGUCGACAUGCUUCGCAUCCUACCGGAUUUUAGCAUUCCAUUUCAAAAAUUCAUCCCAUCAUAUCAUCAUCACUUCGGUUAUCAAUGCAAAGUACAAAACUAUGGUUUCUCUCGUUUAAUUGAUUUACUCGAAGAACUUACCGAAGUUGUCAAAAUUAAUGAAGAUAAAAAUGGCGAAAAAAUCGUUCAAUUAACUGCAUCAAUGAUGACGCGUGCAAUCCUAUUGAAUAUUGAACAAUUAGUUCGCAAAUCCCAUGGACCAUUAAAACUAAAGGAUUUACAAGCACAAUACUUGCAGGUGUAUCGAAACGAACUUGAUCCUGAAGACUUCGGGGUUGCCAGUUUGGAAGCAUUACUCUUAACAAUGACUGAUAAACUUGAAUUUCAUUAUACAGAAUCGGAUAUUGCAAUUUCGAUUAAAGAACCAUCGGCAAGUGUGAUGCAAUUAGCAAAGAAUGCUGUUUUAACAUUGAUGCUUUCACAAUGUCAAUUAUCAUUUUGGCAGUUAAAACAAGAAAUGUUGGUUCGUUUUAAACAAGAUCUUAGUUUAAAUAUGUGCCGUAACGAAUUACGUGAUUAUAUCGAAGUGAUUGAUCAAUCAGUUCGUUUGACUCCACCAAUGUUUUUUGCAUACAAUGUUGUUGUUCUUCUGAAUUCAUCUGAUGGUCGUAUGCCCUAUGAUGAUUUUAUCGUUGAAUAUCAACGUCGAACAAGUUCAACACAUUUACUCUAUCCAACCGAUUAUGGCUUUCCAACCAUGCCACGUCUUUUCGAUGCAAUUCAACUUGUUGCACAAGUUCGUGGCCGUCGAA